AUGAUUGAAGAUAGACAUGUGACAUAUCGCGAGAUUGAGGCGUCCUUGAAGAUAUCAAAGACCUCGAUUCAAACAAUUUUACAUGAAGAAUUAGGAGUAAAAAAAAUUAAGCAGAAAGCAGUCAGGAUUGUUAGUGGUGAUGAAUCGUGGAUUUACUGUUAUGAACCAGAAAAUAAACGACAGUCGGCUGUUUGGGUGUUCCAAGGUGAAGAAAAGCCAACAAAAGUCAUCCGUUCUCGAAGUGUUUCGAAAAAGAUCGUCGCGACGUUUGUGUUAAAAGCGGGUCAUAUUGCAACAAUUCCUCUUAAUGAGCAAAGAACUGUUACUGCGGAUUGGUAUACCACCAUUUGUUUGCCAAAAGUCAUCACCGAGCUUCGAAAAAUCAACCCCGUAAGAAGAAUCAUCCUCCACCAAAUAACAAGGCAAUAUUUAACGGAAGAAAACGUGGAAUUAUUGGACCAUCCUCCAUAUAGUCCCGAUCUAAGUCCUAACGAUUUCUUUACUUCACCAGAAGAAGCAGUUGACGCAUUCAAAAAUGCCGUUUUGGAUCUGCCGGUAAACAAGUGGAAUAAGUGCUUCGAAAAUUGGUUCGAGCGCCUGCAGAUGUGUAUUAAUUUUCGUGGAGAAUACUUCGAAAAACAAUAA